CAAUACAUACCCAGCAAACCCGGUAAAUAUGGUAUAAAGAUAUUUGUAUUGGCUGACGCACGAACCUUCUAUACAAAUAAUAUGGAAAUUUAUGUUGGCGAAAAUGAUGGGCCUUAUGAUCACAGUAAUUCACCAAGUGAAGUCGUCAAACGCUUAGUAGAACCUAUAAAGAAUAGUCAUCGUAACAUAGUGAUGGACAAUUGGUUCACUAGUUUUCCGCUAUUACGUGAUUUGCUCAAUGAUUAUGGUUUGACAGCAUUGGGUACUUUGAGAAAGAAUAAAGCUGAAAUUCCACCUGUAUUUACCGCUACCAAAGACCGGGAAGUUCACAGUUCUCUUUUUGGAUUUCAAGAUGAUUGUACUGUUGUGUCUUAUGUUCCAAAGAAAAAUAAAGUCGUGCUCUUGGCGUCAACUGUGCACCAUGAUGGCAAAAAAGAUUCUGGAGAAGAAAAAAAGCCCGAGAUGAUAAUGGACUAUAAUAGAACGAAAUGUGGCGUUGAUGUUGUAGAUGAGAUGUGUGCUACCUACUCAGUAGCACGAGCUACCAAAAGAUGGCCAUUGGUUUUGUUUUAUGGUAUUUUGAACGUCAGCGGCAUUAACGCGUAUGUGAUAGUGAAGGCAAAUAAAGUAAAUAGUGGAGCUGUGAUGGCUCAGAAAAGGAUCGCUUUGAAAUAA